AUGGUGAGCAGCAAAACACAACUUGAAGAAUUACAGGAAUACUUCAAAGGGCACAACAAAACCAGAGAAGCUUCAAAGGCGCACACAGCGAAGGUACACUCGGUUGGUUGGAACUGCGAUGGACGCCGGUUAGCGUCCGGCUCAUUUGAUAAGACGGUGGCAGUAUUCACACUGGAUCGGGAUCGAUUGAACAAAGAGAACACUUACCGCGGACAUACCGGAUCGGUCGAUCAACUCUGCUGGCACGCUUCGAUGCCCGACUUGUUGAGCACGGCCAGCGGCGAUAAAACCGUGCGCAUUUGGGACGUACGAGUGGGUAAAUGUGCCACAUUCAUCAACACCAAAGGGGAAAACAUUAACAUAACCUGGUCGCCAGAUGGGCACACAAUCGCCGUCGGCAAUAAGGAGGAUCUUGUAACGUUCAUCGAUACUCGUACGCACAAAAUUCGAGCCGAGGAGCAGUUCAGCUUCGAAGUAAACGAAAUCGCAUGGAGUAACGGGAGCGAUCUCUUUUUCCUGACCAAUGGGCAGGGAUGUGUACACAUACUAAACUACCCGAACCUCGAGUUACAGCAAGUGCUCAAGGCACAUCCGAGCACCUGCAUUUGCAUUGAGUUUGAUCCGACGGGCAAAUAUUUCGCAACCGGUUCCGCCGACGCGCUAGUUUCGCUUUGGGACGCAGAAGAGCUGGCGUGCUUGCGGGUGUUUUCACGACUUGAUUGGCCGGUGCGUACGAUCUCUUUCAGCCACGAUGGCAAGUUAUUGGCUUCGGCAAGUGAAGAUUUGCUAAUUGAUAUCGGAGACACCGAAACAGGCGAGAAGGUAGCCGACAUAUCCGUUGAUGCCGCCACGUUUACAGUUGCCUGGCAUCCAAAACAGUACAUUUUGGCUUAUGCGUGCGAUGAUAAAGACGCCAACGAUAGGCGACGAGAUGCCGGCAGUUUAAAAGUAUGGGGAUUUACAGAAUAA